GCAGCUCAAGUGUUCAACUGAACCAGUUCCCAAUUGUGUCACAAACAAUUGGACUCUGAUUAGAUUGAGCACACAUACAUAGAGAAAACGAGAGAGAUAGAGAGAGUCCAAUACGUUCACGAGUCUAAGCUGCAUUCUAAUUGGAGAUUAGUAUUUGUUCGUUUGUGUUGUUAAAUACAUUUCCGUAGCUCCCAUGACUACAUUAAAGCCAGUGCUAUGCGUUGGCUGCACUGUCAUUGACUUUGUGACCAUCAGUGCAAGUUAUCCACAGGAGGACACUGAUCGUCGCUGCUUGGAUGGCUUUUGGGCGCGCGGCGGCAAUGCAUCCAAUGUAAGCACUGUGCUGCGGCUGCUGGACACACGGGUGGAGUUCUUUGGCAUGCUAAGCAGUUCGCCGGCGUUUCGUGUGCUCUUGGAGGAUUUGACACAGCGUCAGAUUGCCACACAGCAUUGUCCGACAACAUCAAAGGAUCCGCCAUUUUCUUCGGUGAUAAUUGCACAGGAUAAAGCCACACGCACCAUAAUACAUUGCAAUAAAAACUAUCCGUAUGUCUCGGCGUUGGAUUUCAGUAAAAUCGAUCUCAGUCGCUAUGGCUGGGUGCACUUUGAGGCACGUCAAGCGGCGGAAACGGUGAAAAUGAUGCGCAUGGUUCAGGCAUAUAAUGAAACAUGCGAUCCGCAGGCACGUCUCAUUGUCUCCUUGGACUUUGAGAGCACAUUUGAGCAAAACUUACCACUAUGCGGUCUCUGCAACUAUCUGGUGUUCUCCAAGGAGCUGGCGACGCAGCGCGGCUGGUCAACAGCUCGGGAUGCCUGCCAGCAGCUUUUGUUCCUCAUCACACAGAGUUCGCGCACAAGUCCAAGCAUCAUAUGUCCAUGGGGCAGUGCUGGCGCUGUUUGCUUGGAUAGCUCUGGUAACUUUGCAGAGAUACGCGCCCAUGAGCCGCCACAAGUUGUUGACACCUUGGGCGCUGGUGAUAGCUUCCUGGCUGGAUUUAUACAUGCCACUUAUGGCCUGCAACAAGAGCUGCAAGUAGCUGUGGAUUUUGCCAAUAGAGUGGCAGGACACAAGAUUUCUAAGUUUGGCUACGAUCACAUUGCAGACUUCAAGUUCAGUGUCGAAAAAAAGUAAACAAAGAUCAGCUUUGCAUUGCAUUACAUUUUAUCGAUGUUCUACUUAUCGAUAACUCUAAUAAACGCCAUUGUUUGAAUAAACGUAUAAAUCAA